CAUUCAGCUGAUUUUCUAAAAUUUUAUCAAACACUUUAAUCAGGAGCAUUUUACUUGGUUUCUGUACGCCCCAAAGCUGUAUUUCCUGUGGAAGAUGAAGAUCACGGACUUCGGAACGUUGCAGAUUACUUGGUUUCUGUAACGUUUUAACCGGAGACAGCAUAUUCACAUUUCGGAUAUAGUUCUAUGAUUCUGUCCCAUACAACCAAAUCUCUUGUCCUUAUCCAUAAUUUUAUAUUAACCCUAUUUUCACUUCAAUUAAUCCUCAUUUUUAAAUCAUUUGCUUGUCCCUAUUACGCACCGCCAAAUUCCCGUCACUAGUUAGCUUAGAAGUUGAAUUCGUUUGAGCAAGGUGAUUUGCCAAUGGAGAAUUCAUCUCUUCCUCAUGACUCCCUAUUUCUUGGAUUCGACAGCUCUACUCAGUCCUUGAAGGCAACUGUUUUGGACUCCAGUCUCAACAUUGUCAAAUCAGAGCUAGUUCAUUUUGACUCCGAUCUGCCCCAUUAUAAGACCAAAGACGGAGUAUAUAGAGAGCCCUCUGAUAAUGGCAGAAUCGUUUCACCCACCUUGAUGUGGGUGGAAGCUCUUGAUCUUGUUCUUCAGAAGCUCUCCAAAUCUGGGUUUGAUUUCGGGAAAGUUGCUGCUCUUUCUGGCAGCGGACAGCAACAUGGUAGUGUUUAUUGGAAGAAAGGCAGUUCUGCAAUAUUACAAUCGUUGGACUCCAAUAAGCCAUUGGUGGAUCAAUUAGGCAAUGCUUUUUCUAUAAAGGAAUCGCCUAUAUGGAUGGAUAACAGCACCACAAAGCAAUGUAGGGAAAUAGAGAAUGCUGUUGGUGGAGCAUUGGAGCUCUCCAAACUUACUGGCUCUCGCGCUUAUGAAAGGUUCACCGGAUCACAGAUCAGGAAGAUAUUUCAGACACAGCCUGAAGCUUAUAAUGAUACCGAGAGGAUUUCCCUUGUUAGCUCUUUUAUGGCAUCCCUUUUUAUUGGUGCAUAUGCUUGUAUUGAUCACACUGAUGGUUCUGGGAUGAAUUUGAUGGAUAUUAAGCUGAAGGUCUGGUCUGAAAUAGCUUUAGAGGCAACUGCACCAGGUUUGAAGGAAAAAGUUGGAAAAUUGGCCUCUGCCUAUGAUGUUGCCGGUCAUAUUGCUCCCUAUUUUGCAGAGAGGUAUAAAUUUAAUAAAAAUUGUUUGGUUGUUCAAUGGUCCGGAGACAAUCCCAACAGUUUAGCAGGUUUAACUCUUAGCGUACCAGGGGAUCUGGCAAUUAGCCUUGGCACAAGUGAUACUGUUUUUGGGAUUGCUACUGAUCCUCAACCCAGAUUAGAAGGGCACGUUUUACCUAAUCCUGUAGAUACUGAAGGUUACAUGGUAAUGUUAUGCUACAAAAAUGGAUCUCUAACUCGUGAAGAUAUUCGUAAUAGCUGUGCUGAGAAAUCUUGGGAAGUCUUUAACAAUUUUCUGGAGCAAACUCCUCCUCUUAAUGAUGGGAAGCUUGGCUUCUACUAUAGGGACCAUGAAAUUCUUCCUCCUCUUCCAGUUGGCGUCCAUCGCUACAAACUCCAAAACUUUACAGGGGACAAUCGGGAGGGAGUGAAUGAACAGGAGGUGCAGGAAUUUGAUCCUCCUUCUGAGGUCAGAGCAUUGAUCGAGGGCCAGCUUCUGUCAAUGCGAGCUCAUGCUGAAAGAUUUGGCAUGCCAAUGCCUCCAAAACGUAUAAUAGCCACCGGUGGAGCAUCAGCAAAUCAUAGCAUUUUGAAGUCAGUAGCAUCAAUAUUUGGCUGUGAUGUCUAUACUGUUCAAAGACCUGAUUCAGCAUCCCUGGGAGCUGCAUUGAGAGCUGCUCAUGGCUGGCUGUGCAAUAAAAAGGGUAGUUUUGUGCCAAUCGCAUGCUUAUACAAGGACAUGUUGGAGAAGUCAGCUCUCAGCUGCAAGCUUUCAGUUAGUGCUGGGAAUCAAGAAUUGGCUUCUAAAUAUGCUUUAUUGAUGAAGAAGAGAAUGGAAAUUGAAAGUCGGCUUGUUCAAAAGCUGGGACGGUUCUGAAGUGGGGAGCUGCCACGUUGUCUUUGAAAAAUAUUCAACUGGGAAUCAAGGAAUUCACCGAAGACACAUCAGGCUGGUCGAUAUUGGAUAAUGUCAAGUCCGCUGCUGCUGUGUGAUAUUGCUGCGAAACCCAUUAAUGAAGCAAACUUCUUGACCUUGUUCAGCUCAUCUCUUUGAGCAAAAUUUGUUGUUGCAGUGAUCCCAUGUUGGUUAGUUGCAACUCCAUGGUCAAUGAAACUUCAUUUCUAAAA